AUGAUGAUUCUUUUCCGUGUAUUUGUCUACAUUCUUCUAAUUAACUAUUUGUCAUCAAUUCAAAUUGAACAAACCUUAACACGAUUCAAAGUUCGUGAAAAUUCUCCGAACGAUACUGUCGUUGGGGUCAUUCCGACAUAUUUCUGUACUGAUCGAAUAAUUUUACUCGAUAAUGCAAAUGGUCGAUUUCGUAUAAAUGCAAAUGGCGAAAUUCUUGUAAGUAAAUUUAUUUUGUUAAACUAG